AUGCCUCCAAAGAAAGAAAAAGGAAAAAAAGAAAAGAAAACAAUAGCUGUGCCAGAAUAUGUUCCCGAAAAAAAAUUGAGUGAAAAUGAUAAAAAAUUUUAUACAAUGCGAAUUGAACUACUUGAAAAACAAUACGAAAAAUACCAACAGCGAUGUAGUGAUUUAAAACUUCGUCAACAAGCAGAAUUGGAUCAAGUGAAAACAUUAGAACAAGAUUUUGAGAUGCUUAAAUAUGCAAAGAAACAAGUUGAAAUAAAAGAAGAAGAAAUUGCUGAUUUAAAAGAUCGCCUAGUUGGAUUAGGACAAGCAAAAGAACUUGAAAAAGAUAUGUUACAAAAAAUAUUAAAUGAUUUAAAAAAUGAAAUUCAUGAUUUACGCGAACGGUAUGAAGCUGAAAACAGCGAAUUACGCAAUCAAGUUGCCGAUUUAGAAAUAUUUCGUGCUAAACAAGAAAGUUAUUUAACUCGACGACAACAACAACAAGAUACUCUUAAAUUUCGACAAGAAGAUCAUGUUAGAAAAUUAGCAAGUAUUAAAAAGAAAGAUCAAACUGAUCGAGAACGAUUAAUAAAAGACAUGAUACAAAAAAUGAAUCAUGUUGCGGCCGAUUUUCGCCGAGCAUCAAAUAAACAGAUGGCUGAGACAACAAAGCGAACAAUCAACGAAAAUGCUCGUAUCGAACAAACUGUCAAUGAAAUGGAAGAUAUCACAAAUCGUGUUCAUCAUGAAAAUGAACAAAUUCAAGAUGCAAACAAUCAUUUGCACAUGGGAGUUCAAACUUUAAAAAAAAAAGAACAACAACAUGCUAUUCAACAUGCUACUUCAGCCGAGAUUAUUCAAUUACUUGCAAAUAUGUUACAAAAUCAAGAAGAAAUCAUUGUAAGAAAACAGGAAGAAAUUGCACACGUCGAUGUUGCUGAAAGACGCAUUAAAGAAUUACGUAAUUUGAUUUUUAAUAAUGAAAAAAAUUAUCCUGAAAUUCGUCAAGAAAAUAAAUCGUUUAACGAAAAAUUAGAUGAACUUAAUAAAUUAGUAGGUGACGCAACAAAAGACAAAGCUAUUAUACUUUCCAAUUUGCGACGAGCUGUUCUACUUGUUACAGAAUCACUUAAGAUUAAAGAUGAAGAAAAAGCACUCGUUCCAAUAGAACAAGCAGGACAAACUAUUAAUCCUGAAACAGAUGGCAAUCUUUUUCAACAACUUCAUACUAUUUUAACAAGUAAAGAAGAAAUAGAUGUUGAUGAACAACAGCAACAAUCGUCGUUUAUUGAUAUUACUCGUUCAACAUUGAAUCUUAAAGACCCAGGUAAACGUCGCGAUAAUCUUUCUUAUUCACUUGGCGAUAUUGGUUUUGUUCCACGGCGUGAUGCUGUUCUAUUAACAAAUUUUGAUAAAAUGCAACAACAAGUGUAUCCAGAACGCGAACGUGACACGAUAAGACGUGCAGCGAAAAAAUCAGUUGCUGUACAAACACCUGGUCUUAGUCGAGGUUCCUUUGGUUCGGAUGUAUCUCUUGAUCGUCUCGGUCCAUUUGAUAAUGGUAUAAAUAAAUCCACCCGUGAACAGUUUAAUCGACCAACAUUUGGACCAAGACCUCGUGUAUCUAAUGCUGUAUCAGCUACAAAUCGUAUUGUGCAAUAUCUUUUUUGA